GCUUUCCUAUCCCUGCUCGGGCAGGUGGGAGAGGCUGAAACAGCAGCAGCAGCAGCAGCAGCAGGAGCCGCGUGGGACGUCACUGGGUGACCUGCCUUUGCCGGACGGCCCCGCGCGGGAGGAGACUCUCUAAAGGGACGAGGGAUCUCUUUUGUCCUUCGGGGCUGCCUGGAAAAAAGACAGCUUCGCAGCUCGGGCGGCAGCCCUUUCCCCGCUCUCCCGCUGCUGCUGCGUGGGGCGGCAACUUUUGCAGGGAGCCCCCUGUCAACUCAUGCCAAAAGUGGGUGUCCGCCUCUCCCGAAGGUCCUGGAAGGAGAAAGCAAGGGCGGCCGCUGCCCUCCGCCUCUCCUUGAGAAGGCGGGAGCGAAGCAAAGGGGGUUUCAUAACUGGCCAAAUCCCAGAUGGGGAGCAGUGAUAAAAGAGAGAUCGCAAAGUGGGGAGAGUUGGGAGCCGAGAGGUUUGCAGAGUGAGGCCAACCCCGGAUCCUUGGGGCGGGAGGCUUUGCCGCCUGCUGAGCCACCCCAGCCCCGCCCCAGAUCUUUGGGGUGCGCUGGGGUGCAGGCCGAGGCGCUGGCUGCCAAUUUAUUGAUUAAGCAGCGAGGCGCGAUGCUACUUGCGAGCGCAUGUAGAGCCCGCCCGCUUUGACUUUGGGAAGGAGUUGGGGAGGGGGGUCCUUGGCUUCCUACUGCUCCAGGCAGGGCCCCUUGCCCCAAUCUGAAGGCGGCUCCAGUCUCCUGGGCAUGGAGGUCCCGGGGAGUUGCGCCGAGCUCCCGCUGCCCCACGACCUGAAGGAUCUGGAGAGCAAAGUAGGGCAGAAGGCCCCGGACGGGCUGCUCCGCUGGCUCAGGGAGGAUCCCGCCGCUCAUCUGCUCCGGAGCAGCCCCAGCCGGGGUCUGCGCCACGGCCUGGGAGAGAAGAUCAAGGCACUGAAGCUGGAGCUGGUGAGUUCUGCUGCCCCCAUUUUUUGGGUUACCUGUGGGGUGACAGGGGAAAAGCACGACUCGAAACUCCCUUUCUUUUCUUUUUAUCGAUGGAGCUAGAAGCACGCCCUCCCUGCUCUCGUGAAACAGGGCAACGAUUCAUUCCCAUCCUAACAGCUCAGUGGUAUAUAAAAAAAGCCUUCCCAUGAACUCAGACCAUUGGUCCGUCCAGCCCUGCCGGCCUGCUCUGAUUGGCAGAGGUCUCCUCCCAGCUCUGGCAGAGAUCCUGGGACCUUCUAAACGCAUGCUGUACCCACUGGGCUACAUGGCCUUUCGGGGGGUAGGUGGACAGUGCCUUCCCAUCCUCACUGCUAGGAUUUGCCACCAUCCACUUCUUCAUACAGUCCUCCUUUUGUGUGCGAGAGAAGUGAUUGGCAACUCUGUCCAAGUUCCGCCUCUGCUGUGCCUUCCAGUUUGGGAUUGAGAAUCUGCGUUUUCUAAACCCAAAUGUUUGGGACAAUAAGUGUGCAUCAUUUCUUUGCUGGGGAGGGAGCUCCAUUUAUCCAGAGGAUCUGUUACUUUACAUUUGCAUCACAUUACAUUUGUUAACUGCACCCCAACCGUUUAUACGUGCAUCUUUUCAGUCCAAUUCAUGUAGUAGCUGAUUAUUAGAAUCAUAGGAAGGGGUCUCAGAGGUCAUCCAGCUCAACCCCCUACUGAUGCAAGAACUCCAGUAUUGCAGCAUCUGUGAUAAGUGGCUGCUUCCACUUGAACCUCAGGUCACAGCAAACCAGUUCUAAUGCGCACAAAUCAUGUAUUGCCUGUCGUAAGUGACUCUGCUGGAACGGUGCUUCUAGCAAUAAUCAACCAGUCUUUCCCUUUCUAUGUUUUUCCUGCCAUCCCCUGCCAUGAGAGAGUGGCUGUGGGAUUGUGGCCCUCCAGAUGUUGUUGGUCUACAACUCCUAUAAUCCCCAACCACUGGCCAUGCUGGUUGGGAGCGAUGGGGUUUGAACAACAACUGGAAUGCUUCCCUGCAUUUCAGAUGCUGGAGGCAGGAAGGCGUUUCAAGUCCCGAGUCCGUUUCACAGACCAACUGAGGGUCUUGGGACCCAUGGUGUCAAUUCAGCCAAUGUUUCAGUGGAAAUUUGAUUUCAGUGGAAAUCUGGACUGAUUAAGCACAUACUCUUUCUAUAUAUGUUUUUGAGAUAUUGGCUAGAAUGGGAUAUUUGGUGAUGGACUGAUGCUGAAGAGCUAGGGAUACACAGAGUAAGUAAAGCACCAUUGGAUGCAGUGGGACAUACUCCCAAGUAAGCAUGCGUAGGAGUGCAGUUUGCACUAUAUACAUUUACACAUAUACAGACACAUGCUAUAUAAAUAUAAUGGGUGUGUAGAGGCUGGCAAAGUGUUGUUGCUGAGAUUGUGAACUAUGAACGGAGAAGCUCAUGGCUCAAAUCUCAUCUCAGUCAUGGGCUUACUAAGGUCACUCAGUCUUAGCCUCAGCCUCUCUUCUGCAAUUGGGGAUCCUAACAGUGGCCCACCUUACAGGAAUGUUUUGAGAAUUGCUAAAAAAUAAUGACUAUGAAAUGCUUCAAACACUUUAAAUGCACAGUACAAAUGCUAAAUGUUGUUGUCUGCAAACUUUUGAUGCAAUCCAAUAUACAUGCCUACUGAGAAGUGAGUCUCAUUGUCUUCAGUGGAUCUUACUUCCAGGUGAGUUCAAAUACCCACUGCCGGGAGCCUUUUCCAACUUGCCUGUUAAUGUGACAAAAAUGCAAUAAACGGCAGGAAUAUCAAUCUAAUCCAUAGAUAUUGCUGAUGAAAUUAUCCUGAGCCUUUUAUUAUCUUCCACUUAGAUCUUGGCAUGGAAGUGAUCCUUUCCCAGACAUCAGAACAAUAAGAAAUGUGGUUUAUUGUUAGAUUGCUUCCUCAGGGAGAAAAUAGUAUACAAGGGUACAGCCUCUUGUCCUCCACAGAUUGGCUGGCUCUUUGCCUAAGGGAUACAUCUGCUCCACAGCAUGAGAAAGAUGCUCUUGAGGUCUCUGAACUGGUAGAAAGACUGCGGGGAGGAGGUUGAAGGCGGCAUUCAGCUUCAUUUAUCAUCCAUUCAGUUUCAAAUGCUGAGGUUUUUUUAUUUGCAAGGAUGCUGAGAAAUGGGGGAAGAAAACAGUUGGGAUACAUUAGCUCAGAGCUAAUGCUAACUUUGGAGACUGAUUUCCAAAUAUGGCAAGUCCCACUGCCUUGGGCACACCCUUCCAUAUGAAUGCAAAUAAAAUAAAAUAUCAGUGUAGCCUGCCUGUAUCCAUUUGCACAUACCUAGAUGUUUCUUAGUGGAAUAAGCAGUGGGUCUGGCAAGCUACUUGCCCCAAACGGCAAUUACUAACCCCAGGAACGCGAGAGGGUAGCUAGCUGUAAUUGCAGUAGUGAAUUCUGCAAAGAUUUGUGGAUGGCCCAGUUUCACUAUCCUCUAACUGAGAUGAAGGUAGAGGAUGACAGUAACCUGUGACCACUUAGUGAGCUAUAGCUGAGAUAUAACUUGCACUGGGAACUUCUUGCCUCAUCAAAACUCCUGCUCUUCGCCCUUAAGUUAGACCAGUUGCUGGAUUGCAUCAAGUCUUUUUGAAACAAGUGGGAUAUUUUCUAUUUAGACUGAAGUCAGGGGUUUGUUGCACAUACGCUGAUGAGGCCAAAUUUUUCAUUCAUUCAUUCAUUUUAUUAAAUUUGUAUACUGCCCUUCAUCCACAGAUCUCAGGGCGAGUCAAAACACAAAAUUACAACAUGAAAAGCACAAAAUACAUAAUAAGUAGGAACCAAAACAAACCAAUAAUCUCCCCUCCCUCAACACAUUUAAAAGGGCAUUGGAUUCUAAUCAGCCAAAGGUCUGUUUAAGAGGAAUUUUUUUUUUGCCUGGUGCCUAAAGGUGUAUAAUGAAGGCUCCAGCCAAACCUUCCUAGGGAAAGCAUUCCACAAACAGGGAGCCACUGCAGAAAAGGCCUGUUCUCAUGUUGCCAUCUUCCAGAUCUCACGCAGAGGAGGCACAUGAAGAAGAACCUCAGAUGAUGAUCGCAGGGUCUGGUCAGUUCAUAUGGGCAGAGGCAGCUCCUGAGCCAUUUAAAGCUUUAUGGGUCAAAAUCAACACUUUGACUUGGGCUCAGAAACUAAUUCGCAGCCAGUGCAGCUGGAUUCUAAUUGUACUUUGCACAACUGAUUUCUCAAUUUGGUUACAAUCCUAAAAGACAGAGGGACCUGAUUUUACUAGCGGCAAACACAAAGAGGAAGUUUGUGUCUGUUCUUAAUCCCUGGGAAAGUUGGGAUUUGGAUCAAACCAGAAAAUGUGCUGCUUGAUCCCCAUUAAUCACUAAUUAAUAUUAAUACCAAGUGCCUUUGGGGCGAACACUGUGCCACUGCAGCAGCACUUGAGAGAUAUCAAGCAGGGAGGAAUGAAAUCCCAGUAUCUGUUUUUUUUAAAAAACAACACCCAACCAAUUCUUUGUACUACUCAACAUUAUUUGCAAAUCAUGGCCCAUUUUGCUAAAGCUCUCCUUAGCAUCUUGCUUUUGAACAGAUAUGCAGGCAGAUAUGGUACUUGUCAGUGUAAGAGAGCAGGGGAACUUAGCAUGCCCAUAAAUAUGACAGCUGAGAGGCCUUGGCGCACAGAACUCAGAAUCACCGGGUUGUCUCAAUUUCUGUAUUCUUCCUUUCUUUCUCAGGCUAAGAUUAAGUGUAAACAGUUACACUGCAUUGCUUUAGAUCUUGGGCCUAUAUAUAUAGGCCCAAGAUCUGAAACAACACAAUGUAACUGUUUGCACUUAACCUUAUACUUAUAUAUAUGGUACCUUUUGGGUAUUCAAUGUACUUAGAGUAGGGAUGGGGAACCUGGGUCCUCCACAAGUGGCUGGACUCCAACUUCCAUCAGCCGUAGCUGUAGUCCAGCAAUAUUUGGAAGGCCACCAUUUUCCCUCCCCUGCCUUACAGGAAUGUUGUACGGUGUGUCCUACAUUGAAAUGUGAGGCUCAAAGCCAACUUGUAAGUUCAUGGUUGUGCCAUCCCUCCAGGCAGGAAUUGGAAAUGACCAUAAGGGGCAAUGACUGGUGGGUGUUUGAGUGGAAUAAUAAUAAUAAUAAUAAUAAUAAUAAUAAUAAUAAUAAUAAAUAUACUGGUGGAGGAGGGUUAGCCUCUUCCUUUUUACUGUUGCCCUGGAUUAUUAGGCGGGGGGAUAGACAGGUGCUUGUUUUUAGGACAAAAAAUAAUAUGUCCUACAUAACAUGUCCCCUGCCAACCUAACAGUUUGAAAGUACAUCAAAGUGCAAGUAGAUAAAUAGGUACUGCUCCGGCGGGAAGGUAAACGGUGUUUCUGUGCGCUGCUCUGGUUUCGCCAGAAGCGGCUUAGUCAUGCUGGCCACAUGAGCCAGAAAAAACUCGGCCAGUAAAGCGAGAUGAGCGCCGCAACCCCAUAGUCGUUCGUGACUGGACUUAACUGUUAGGGGUCCUUUACCUUUACAUAACAUGUGGUUCUGCAUGUUUGGUGCCAGUGUGGUGUAGUGAUUAGAGUGCAGGACCUGUGAGGCCAGGGUUCAAAUCCCCACUCAGCCUAAAUUGUGUGUGUGUGUAAGAGAGAAAGCGGCAGAGUGGAAUCAUGUGUGAAGAACAUGUUUCCACAUGAGACUCCUUAUCUGUCUUUGGAUAUGUGGGUGGAAGCUUGCUCAGGGCAAUGGUAUCCCCACCCAUGUUGUGCUUGCCAUGCAAAUAUGUUACACAGAUGUACCCAAAUGUGGAUUAAUGCAGUUCUUAGAGAUGGGGUGGGAGUUUGUCAUCUGUACAUGAUUGGUACAAGAAGCUGCAGGUCCCAAUGGUUUUAGCAAUUUCAAGGAGCCACUUCGCGUUCGGUGGCUGGUUGUUAAAACUUGCUUUUUGUACAGCCCUAGCUCCACCACUAUCAGAUAACUUCACUGCAAUCUUUCAGCCCAGACCUUACUCUGUUUAUUCAAAAGUAAGUCACUUAAGAGUAAGGUAUUUAGAAUACUGGCCUUAGUGCCCUGAAUCCUGUACUUGCUGCAAUGCCUAGCGUCCUUAAUAAUGCAAUGUCUCAUUGUACUCCGAAGGCACGUGAGGCCACCUCCUUGCUGAAAUGAAACAGAUCUGGGUCUGGUCCAUGCCUAGAUGGGUGACUAGCUGGGAAUUGCGUGCCUUCCUGCUUGGGUUCUAGAUGAAAAAUAGGUGUGUUAUGAAUGUAAACAAAUAAGUUUAAGAAACAUGCUGUGAGCUUAUACUUCGACUGAUCAUUCACUUGGCAGUCAUUAAGAGGCAGGGUUUUUUCAGUAAUAUACCACUGAAAUGCAUUGUGGCCUUAAACGCCUUACACUAAAAAAUAAACAAGUGUUUUUUUGUUUUGUGAAUUGGUUUGACACAGUCCUGGAAAGGGACUUCAAAGAACUCUUCUGCUGCACAGUUAAGACCCUGAUGACCCAUUCAGUGGAACAUCCUAUACGUUUCUGCCAGCAUCAAACUGUGUUUACAUAAUUAUUGGCCCACAAAGGAAUUUGUCUUCCUUCUUAGUUUGUGGUGGUUUUCUGUCCCUUGUUAAUCAAUCAAAUUGAAUUCUUACAUAUUUUACCAUCCCCGGGCAUAGAAGAUAUACCAUGGAGAUAUAUUGCUAGCUCCUAGCACAUUAUGGUAGCCAUUGUGGUGCCCUACAGGUCCUAGUGGACUCCAGUUCCCAUCAUACCUGACCCUGACUGUUGUCCAUCCAGGCUGGGACUGCUGGGAAGUGUAGCCUAAGAACAACUGAAGGGCACCAGGUUGACGAAGGCUGCUCUAUGGGAACAUCAGCACAGACGUUUUUAUAAGGUCCAGGGGGACAUAUCCAGGGUAUCCCUGUGGUCCACAUGCAGUAGGAUAUUUAGACUGUUCCCCUAACAAUCUGCACCACAGUCAGAGCCAUUUUUAUUUAAGUGUGCAGUCCAGAGAUGUAGGCCCUAUCACCACUGUAUUUUCUUUAAACCUAUAGCAAUUUAGGUCUUAACAUGUUUUAAAAGACGCAAUGGAAGCAGAGACUCUGGAAAACAAUUCAGAAGCCUAUGCUCACUGCCUGCAUCCAUCCAAUUUCAGACUGAACACAUUCAUUCCGCCCACUGGGAAUUGCCACUACAAAGCAGUCACAUCUCUUUAAAGAACAGCUGCUGUUCUGUUUAUUUGCCUUUAUUCAAAAAUAGAACUAUACAUUUGUGCAAUAGGAUCCAUGUCCUGCAGACCUGCCAUUUGUUCUCUGGUCUUUUCCUGGUUUUUAAAAAGCACUUCCUGGACAAGUAUUUCCUUAGUCACAGUUCCUCCAUCUGUUCAUUCAGACUUCCCCUUUCCAAGACCAGCUGCAAUGGAAGUGCAAAACUGCUGGUAUGUAAAUAUUAUUUUGCCACCUCAAGCCCAUGUAAAAUGUCUUGAAACCUGUAACCCAAAACUAGUUAUGGGGUAUUAUCGAAGGAAAAGUGGACACGAUUAACACUUCGCCAUUCACUGUUAAGUGCCCAACUGAGUGCCCUGGCCAAUUACCGGUAACUCUGCUCUCCAAAAAAGGAAGAUUUAUUCCAUGUCUGAGCUCAUGAGCAGAAACUGUGAGAAUAUAUCUACAUCUAUUCAAGUCAUCUGUACCUGAAACAGAUCUGGUCUAGUACUAAUUAUUCUCCACUGAAUACAUUGGAAUCUGGCACUCUAAUAGUCAUCGCCAGUACUGAUUUUUGGUAUCAAUUAGUUAGUUAAAGUUCUUUUUCUUUUAGAAGAAGAAAAGGAGGGUUUCAAUGUUUAUACAUACAUUUCAGAGCAGCUCUUCAUGUUGGAGUUGCUGCAGGAAACACAAGUAUCACACUGGUGCUUCUUGCAGUAACUCUGUACAUUUCAAAUGCUAUGCACCCCGAUUGGAUUAGACGUCUGUACACAAAGAUGCAGGUCAACAUUAUACCUGCACUUUUGACAUCUGCUGUGGGAAGCACUAAUGUAAUGCUGGUGUUGCCUGCUGAAAUCAUAAUGUGUCAAGCUGCCCUUAGUUGAUGGCUUUCAUGCUUUCUGUGGGUUGGUCUUCAUUGGCCUUCGGUGGUGCACUUGGUCUCUAGGUGAAGACAGGCCUGCUGUUUGUUUUCCCGUUUCGCUAUGUGCUGUUGGAACUGUUUCUCCUCUGUCCAUGGUGCUCACAUGCCUCAUCAGCUAGUUCAAUGGCAUCUUGUCCAGCUGGAAUCAUUUACCAAUACCGCUGCCUUUGAAUCUAGCCUAAUAAAUCAAAACUUCUCUAAACAAAUCAUUUGCUAGCUUUUCAAGAUCCUUGCCUCUCUUCCGAGUUUGUGGCAGCAUCGUGGAGUUUUGUGCUGGCUGCAUUCAAGAGCAAAUGCUGUGUACAACUGGGAGAACUUUGACGGAACUCAGCUUCUCCUUGUGAAACCUGGGGACUGAUUCAUAAACUGUGUUUUUUAAAGAAUGCUGGAUUAUGCUUUUUGUUAGGAGCUGUUUACCACUGGUUUAUAUACAAAGGCCUCUGAUCUUCACCAUGCCACUGCAUUGGGAGGGGGAAAGGUUUGAGGGAGCUUGUGGAAAUGAGGUAGCUACAGGAAAAAAUGGUUUCUGUGGAAAAACUCAACCACAAAACCAGGAAAGAUGUAAUGGCUGGUUUUUGUUUUUUAAGGGGGGAUUCUAGGUAGCUUAAGUGAAAUUUAUUGCAGGCCCAACAGGGUUUUUUUUGGGGGGGGGGGGAAAUUGUCUUCCUGAGGGGCAGUAAAUUCUCAUGCGAUACAUGGGGCAUUCUGGUGAGACCUCUGUUGUCACUGCAUUUCAUUUCAGCCACCUGGUGGUUUUCCCUCAUUUUCAUUGUUGCCUGCCACAUGGAGCACAUGAGAAGCUCCUGGCCGAACUGAGAGAAGUCCAGUGCCAAGAACCACCCCUUGCCAGUUGGCAUUGUUACUGUAUUUAUUUAUAUUUGCAUCGUCAGACUUUGGUGGUUCUUCAUGGAAGCAGGGCCCUUGCACUGAGUGGCCAAGGGGAAGGGCCAUAGCAUGCAGAAUGCCACAAUUUCAGUUCCCAGCAUCUCCACUUAGGAUCAUGUUAGGAGAAACCCCUUCCUGAAUCUCUGGAGUCACCACCAGUCAGUGCAGUCAAGACUGAGCUAGAUUCUCAUGUUCCUGUGCUAUACAUACAUUUAUGAAGUAUCUCCAGUUCACCUUCCAGAAGGUCUUCCAUUCCAUAUCUCUUGCAGCUUAUAGUUUCAUACUGCAUUUUCUUUCCUAUCCCACAGGCCUACCUGAGAGCAAUAGACAUCAAGAUCCUACAGCAGCUAGUAGCAGUGCACGAGGGCAUAGAGGCGGUGAAGUGGCUCCUGGAGGAGAAAGGGACGCUGACCAGCCGCUGCAGCAGCCUCACCAGCAGCCAGUACAGCCUGGUGGAGAGUCAAGAGACAUCCCGGCGGGGCAGCUGGAACAGCCUUCAAGACCCCAAUGAUAAGUUGGACAGUAUCUCCAUUGGCAGCUAUUUGGACACACUUGCUGAUGAUAUGGACGAGUAUGGGCAAAGCUCUUCCAUGGAACCAAUAAUGUCUUCUACCCCAGGCAGGCCACUGGCCAGAGCCGAGCUGGAAAGAUCAAAGACUGACCUAGAUAGGGCUUUUCCUGCCAAGGGUGAGAAAGAGCUGGAGAAAAGCAAAACGUGCCUUGAGAGGGUCCCCGUUAAAAGCCAGAGUUCAAGUGAACCAAACAGAGCUGCUGGGCAGUCACCACCAAUGGCCAAUGGGAUAUUGGGCAGAAAUGUCCCAGGGCUGGAGCAAAGCACUGAGGUUAAUUUACCCUUGGCAGCUGCCAAGCAGUUGAGCAGCCCAGCAGCAAAGGCCUUGAGGAGCAGCAAAGUUGACAUGGAGAACUGCAAGUUGAAUAGCAGGAGGCACUUGGAGUAUGAUGCCCAUUGGCAGUGGGUUCAGUCUCAAGACGAUGUGACAUUCUUGUAGCAUCCCAGACUUGCUGCCUGGGCUAGCAGGUUAUGGGCUCAGGGCCUCAUGCAGCUACAGUAGUUUGCACUUUGGAUUGGACCAUCUGUUUUCCUUGCCAAAAUGGUUGCUUCUGUUUGCUGCAUUUGCUGGUGGACACAGCAUAGAGUUGCAUGGUUCUUCCUUGUCAUUAACCACCUCUAGGAACAGCUCUUGGGUUGAGCGAUACCUGUUGGGGGGGUUCUUGGCCUUCCAUCAUGGCAUCCUUCAGUCUUGUGCAAUAUUGUUUCUAGUCUCUGAGAGAGAUGCUGCGUUGUCAUGUGUGGCACAUCACUGCUUCCACGCAUCCAUGAGGUUUGGAGAAACAUCUUCAUCUUAAGAGCAACAAGGCGCACAUACCUUGAUGCAACCCACAUGGCUUUCCUUGGGAGAACUCUGCCCCCUAUUCUUCCUGUUAAUGGAGAGUUGUUUGUGGAUUUCAGAUGGGAAGCAGAGUCACGCCUUUGACACCACUUCCUCUUCUCAUCUGUUUCAUUAUUAUGCACCUUGAUGGGGAGAUUAUCCCUCCUUUGCUCAAUAGUUCAGCAAAGUCCCAGGUUUAAGAAAGGAAUGGGAAAACAAAUUCUGGUUUGUUUGCAGCACUCACCAUGAUGAGCAUUCCUCUCUGCUCUUCACUGCCUCCACCUGAGCUGGAGCAGAGGAAAAUCAGGGAGGAGUGGGGGCGGGGGCAGUAACCAUUCCUGCUGUCCUGGUGUGCAUCAAAGGCACUUGAGAAGGGCUAGAGCAGGAAUGGGGACACUCAGAUCCAGGGGACAAGCGCAGCCCUCCAGACUUCUCUGUCUGGCCUGUAGGGAUCCCCUACAGACUGCUUUCCCCCAGCUACAUUCUUCUGUGGCCACAGCCCUCACCAGUCCUACUUUGCAUCCUCCUUGGGUGUUUUUGUCUGGCUGGAAUGUGUCCUUGAACUCUGAAAAUGCUUCUUCGUUGCUUGGAUGGAGGAUAGAGGUGUGUGUAUUUGUGCCUACUCUGUACAAUGGUAACAUUUACAUUUAUUGCUCUGCCCACUUCUAACCCUGGCUCUUCCCUCCACUGAGAUGUGGCCCCUAGAAGUUUGUCUAGAAGUGCCUCUGUUGCACUGAAGGUGUAGCAUGUCUCUGGGGAUUAUUUCCCCGUCCCCAGUUCCACACUUUCAGGGAGCCUAAGUACCUUGGAGGUGCACAAACAAGCCCCAGAUCUCUUUCCAAGCUUGAAUGGGGGGUGGGCAGGAAUCAUGCUUGGAGACAGGACACUGCCUCUCUCUAGUGUUCACACAUUUUACAAGGCCAGCCUUCAUCAGCCUGGUACCCUUCAGAUGUUUCUGAACUAUAGCACCCAUCAUCCCUGACCCUUGCUACAUGCUGGCUUGAGCAAACAGGGUAGUUGUUGUGGAAACAUUUGAAGGGCACCAGAUUGGGGGAAGUUGAUCAAUGAAAAUCCUGGGGAGAAGAACUGAGGGUGUGCUCAAAUGUUCGGGAGCCAGCAUAUUUUCCAGUGUCAGCUCCACAGAGGGACACAGACACAGACAGAUAUGCUUUUGUCACUACCUUCAGGCUGAUAUCCAGGGACCUGGGUUUUCCUCAACCCCAUGUGCUUUGUUUCUGGUGUGGAUUCAAAGAAGUUGACUAGCUUUUCUCCCAUGCAAUUUACCCUGUAGUAAGAGGGAGAUGGAAUUACCUGAUUUUGUGGGGAUGUCAUAAAGCCAACAUUUGACUCCUGCUAAAGCAAAAAUCUAAUCUUCCUCUUUUUUUAGAAAGGGAAUAAAGGAGCAGGCUGAAGUAGUUUCGACUUUGUUUAAAUUAAUGGUCCCUUUGUUUAAAUUAAUGGUCCCUUUAACCCACUUUGGCUAAGACUGAAACAGGACCAAUUUUGGACUCUCUCUGAUGCAAAUCCUCCAGUCUCUUCCCUGUAAGGUUUGACAAUUCAUUUGCUAUUCCCUCCGCCCUGCUGCACCAUGCCCCACAUUGCUGCAAUUUUUGACCUGCCAGCAUUGUAGACAAUGUCAUAUUCAUAAAAGCAGGGUGGACAGGCGCUGUCAGUAACACCAGAUAUCUGUCAGCCUUACAUAAUUUUGCAGUGCUUCUGUUGAGCCACUGUGCACGUUCAUCCUGCAAGUUUCAAAACCAUUUUUCACAGCACAGCAUGCUACAUUCUCAAUCCUCACGGUAUUUUCUUUGAAAUCCUUUUAAACAUGGUUUUGUAUUUGAGGAGCAUCCAUCUUCUCCCUAGAUUUUCUUUCAGAACCUUGCGUGCCAAAAUGACACCGGCCAAUCUGGUCUUACCAUCUUUUCUGUGAAGGCUCACUUAAAUUUUCCGUGUCUGUUAUGCUCAUCAUUCUUAAAGGCGCCAGUUCCUCAGCUGCAAUACAACGUUCAGCACUCAGUUAUGCAUGCCGUGUGAUGAAGGUAGAUGUGUCCAGCCAUAUGACAGAGUUCACUGUGCAUUUGAAUUCUGGUUUUGAAGUCACAACGGUCCUCUCCUGAAGGUUUCAACAUAAUUCUAAGGAGGAAAACACACACAUACACAACACCACAAAGUGUUGCAUCAACAACCUUAAGGACUUGUUCUUUUCUCAGGCCGCUAGGAAGACACACAGAUUUCCCAUGUAAUGCUGAAUUGCAAAGGGUGAAAUUACACAGAACCCUUAAUUGUAUAACAGCAACUGUCACUUU